AUGUUCUGUAAGUCAGCUUCCCCUCGUGCAGCCCUGCGUCGAGCUGACCGUCAAGCCUUCAGCUCAACGGCGAAGCUGCAUCAUGUCACACCGCUUCCAGCAGGCACCACCAUCGAAGCAGCGAUCGAGAAGCUUCAAAACCAUGAUCUUCUCAUUCACCUCGACCCUGAGCUACACUCGUACGAGACACUGCCCUCGGACGAUGCUGCGCCGAACACGAAGCGGUACAAGGUGACGGACCAUAUGCACGCGCUACCAAAGGGCCUCUGGGACUCUACAGUGACCUUCGAGUCGCAGAUCACCAACACGGAAGACGGUGUGCUGUGGGUGAUCAAGGCUCCGCUGGGGCUGGUGCAGCAGACCAAAUGGACGAUAACGAGGAACGCGGACGUAGGCAAGGGCAAGGAGAAAGCUGUGGACGAGGGCAAGUCGACGGAGGCGAAGAAUGAAUGGAGUCUGGUAGAAGAGGUCGAAAUCAAAGCGUCACGGCUGUUGGUUGGCACUGUAAAGGGGAAGUGCGAGGAGAACUGGAGAGGCAUCCACAGCAGGUUCGUAGGGCACCUGCAGGGCGUCCCAGUGAAGGCUUGA